CCUGCGCAGGUACACCGGACACGCGGAGCGGAGGAGGGCGCACCACUUGUGAGGGCCAUGUGCGCGCAGACCGGCCCGGGCUGCCUUCGAAGGUUACACCUCCCCUGUCUGUGGAGCUUCAGUCGACCGAGGAUAAGAUGCGGCGGCACCGUGUGUUCCUGCUCUGCACUGUGGGGCUGUGUGUCAUCUCCUUCCUGCACUACUACAAGGCCCUGCACUAUGUGUCCCUGCGUGAGCUCACGGCACCCUACCCCUUCAAGUCCUUCAUCCUGAGCACCGGCUUCUUCUGGAGGGAACGAGGGCUGGCCUCUACCCCACUCAGCCCCGCCUCCCCAGAAGAGCCCCCUCCACAGAGGAAGGAGUCCAGAGCGGAGGUGUCUCAGGGCACUGCGCUGGGCAUCCAGGGGGUGGCUGUGGGGGCGGGGGGCGAGCUGGUCAGUGUGGGGCUGGAGGUGAGGGUCAGGGAGCAGCCCGCACCACCACACCUAUGGGAGAAGCCUGAGGAGGGCCAGGCCGGAGACACCAAAAGGGAAAGAGCAGAGGACAAACCCGCCCGCCUGGUCCCUACACCUCCCAGACCCAAUGGCUUGUUAUUUCCUAAGGACAGCCUGUGGGACCCGGUGGAAGCCAUGGGGGACCUGCACAAGCGCCCGCACCAGCUCCAGGACGACCCCACGGCCUACUUUACACACACCAAAGCUGGGGCUCUGUGCUUCAGGCAGGGCACAGAGGUGGCCACCCCUAAGGAGUCCCCUGGAAAAACAGGAGGUGCCAUAGCCAACAAUGCUGUGGACAGUACUCGAGUUGGUCAGCGGAAGCUGGCGGAGGUCCAGUCGUCCAACGCUCCGAGACCCAAAGCCAGAGGGCGGACCCCGGGCAAGCGCCUGGUAAAGUGUGUGUGUCGGCCCGGCUGGCACGGCCCUUACUGCGGCGUCCCAACCAUGGUGUACCACUCCAACCUGCCCACCAAGGAACGCCUCACCCCCCGUAGAGUCCCACGCAGAGUCAUCAAUGCCAUCAACAUCAACCACGAGUUUGACCUGCUGCACGCACGCUUCCACGAGCUCUCCCAGGCUGUCGACCUGUUCAUUGUGUGUGAAUCCAACUUCACCGCCUACGGAGAGAGGCGCCCCCUGGGAUUCCUUCAGCGUUUGCUUAACGGCACGUACGACUAUGUGCGUGAGAAGCUGCUGUACGUGUUCCUGGACCACUUCCCGGACGGUGGGCGUCAGGACGGGUGGAUUGCCGAUGAUUACCUGCGCACCUUCCUGACUCGGAAUGGCAUGUCUCGUGUACUCGGGCUACGGCCGGAUGACGUUUUUGUUAUCAAUGACGCUGACGAGAUCCCGGCGCGAGAGGGACUACUUUUCCUCAAGUUGUUCGACGGCUGGACCGAGCCCUUCGCCCUGCACAUGCGCAAGUCGCUGUACGGAUUCUUCUGGAAGCAGUUUGGCUCUCUAGAGGUGAUCUCGGGCUGCACGGUGGGCAUGCUGCGGGACGUGUACGACUCCGAUGGCAUCAAGCUGCGGCGCCGCGAGUACUACACCAUGCCCGGCUUCCGCAAGUACGAGAACGACACGGGCCACAUCCUGGUGCAGUGGGCCCUGGGCAGCCCCGUCCACUUCGCCGGCUGGCACUGUUCCUGGUGCUUCACUCCCGAGGGCAUUCACUUCAAACUGGUGUCGGCGCAGAACGGGGACUUCCCUCGCUGGGGGGACUACGAGGACAAGCGCGACCUGAACUACAUCCGGCAGCUGAUCCGCACGGGGGGCUGGUUUGACGGGUCCCUGCAGGAGUACCCACCCGCCGACCCCAAGGAGCACAUGUACGCCCCCAGGUACAUGCUGGACAAUUACAAACAGUACCGCUACCUCCUGGAGAACCCUUACAGCCAAGUGUCACAGAACGGAGGAGAGUGAAGCCUGCACAAACAUGAGGUGAUGUGAGCUGCAUUAAGAGGCUUGUUUGAGUAGUUUUGACUAGUUUGGUUUCAGUUACACUUCAGGUCUACAAUACUUAAAGCUGCACAGUGUAACUUUUCUAUUGGAGGUAUGCCUAGUUUCCAUGGAGAUCUUAUUGCUCUGCGAGGAGUGUUCCCCAGUAAAGCAUUAGCCAUUUCUCUCUAGAAGUCUGUCUAACUGUGUUACUAGCUUCAGGCAGAUUUAACACCGUGUCCCAACAGCAAUCUGACCAGAACUGAAGAAGCCACUCUUCACUCGAAAACUUGUGACCAGUUGACAGAAUUACAUUUUUUGCUACAUUUCUGUCUAGCAUUAGUUUAAUUAUAGUUGUUUUAUUGCUCAAAAAUAUAUUAAAAAAAGUUGCAUUCUUACGGUUAGUGGGGUCGCCUCUCCACAGAUAUGACCUUGCUUUAUCUCCUUAUAGGUACAUUUAAUGCCGGAUUGUGGAACACUUGAAUUUUAAAAUCUUAAAGGCACUGUGCCAGAUUUUUACUGUCCCAAAAACAUGACAAACAGAACUAGUUCAUUUGAACUGUUUGCAGUGGUCCAAAGUUAUUCCUCUCUUAAACCAGAGCAUUGUUUGUUUGAGAGCACAUAACAGACUUAUUUUGAA